AUGGAAUAAUAACAUAAAGGUAUAAUUACCGAACCUGGAGAAACCAUUACAAGCAGUUAACAGUUUUUCAGUACGAAUACUCUAUUUUUAAACAAUGUUGGAUUGAGUACAAAUAUCUCGUCGAGCACUUUGAGACAUACAGCCGCUUAGAUCUCUUUUCCUAAGGCAAAUAGAUUUCACACUCAAUCUUAAUUUCAAUUGCCAACCAAAUUGGAAUUACCAUCACAAUUGGGAAAAAGGUUAUACACUCAAUAAGGUUUCGGUAAUAAGAAAGUGUUUCAAUAUGAAUGGCAAAAGGUUAAUGCCAAAGAAUUCCCGAGUCCUGAUAGAUAUAGAGUCAGAUAGGAUCCUGGUAUAGAUCAAUUGAAAAGAUCAUUUGGAUUGUCUUGGGAAGCUUAUUCAAAAACCUAUCUCCCUUAUAAUAAACAUUAAGCUCCUGAAGUUGCAAAAUUCUUGCCAGGUCCUGGAGAAUAUAAUGUACGUUAAGAUCUUGGACAACACAGAUAUUAAUUUUAGUUGAAGGGCAAGGGGAAGAUGUUUAAUGAUUAGAGAGAGAAUGGAGUUCCAGGGCCUGAAACCUAUUAACCUCAAAUCUCAUUGACUGUUCCUAAUCGAUUUUCAAAAAUUUCAUUGGGAAUUGGAGAGAAAAAGAAUCCAUUUUAAUCUAUGAGUUUCACUCCUGGGCCUGGAAGAUAUGAAUAGAAUUCGGCUUUUGAUAAGGUAUCCAAAAAGAGAGAGUUCAUAACAAAACCAGGAGAAAGGAGACCGUUCAUAUGA